ACAACCAACAACAACUGCAGAACCAAAAACAGCAGAACAAACAACAACAACACAACCAACAACAACUGCAGAAUCUACAACAACAGAACCGACAACAACAACUACAGAAGUUACAACAACAACAACUGAAGAACCGACAACAACAACAGAACCAACAACAGUUUUAGUUUCUGCAACAACUGAAGCUACAACAACACCCAGAGAAUCAACCAACACAAUCGCUACAACACCAUUCCCAACUUUACCCUUACCUACUGCUGCCUUUACGACACAAGACACAACAACUGGAACUUUUGAAACUGUCACUCAAGCACCGGAAGAAUUAGACUUCAUCCAGUUAAUUCAAGUUGAUCCUACAGUUGCUUGUGUGAAGAUUAACAACAGCCAGUCAGCUGACUCGUACAUGGUAAUACUUGAUGAAGUGAAUCAACCAAGCGAUUCUGGUUCGUCUGAAAACUUUGAAGACGUCAAAGCAACCUCUCCGUUCACUUAUAAAUGUUUCUAUGAUUUAAGACCAGGUACUGAAUACAUGCCUUCAGUAAUACCAAAGAAGAAUGGAUCUGCUGUUAGCCAGGCCCAGAAUACGAACUUCACAACCAAGCUUGCACCUGCUGUAAAACCAGUAAUAUAUGAACAAACAAAUGACACAAGAAAUUGGCAGAAGUCCUAUUAUAACUGGAGGGACAGCACAAUGAACACUUGGUUUGGUGAACUAUCAAGUUACAUGAGUGAGCUAGCACCACAAGCAGGUCUUGCUCCAAAUUCAACUAAAUGCCCCAAGCCAUAUAAACCAACAUGCAAAACGAAGCCAGAGACGUUUAUUGAUUACAAUCAAUGUCUAUUUCUUGUUUGUAAAGAGCAACCAACUGUUGGUAACGUCACGGCAGCUGAUGUGACGUCAUGGGAGGCCGAAAUGAACAUUUUCAACAAUUACCUAAUGCCAAUGUGGAAGCAACUCUUUUCGUCGUACAAAAACACUAAAAAGAGCGACGGAGCUCCUUAGAGCGCCCGGGGAGCAAUACUUAGUUUCUUAGUCCAUUUCCCCAAUACACCAAAACAGCAGCAAGAAUUCCAGCUUCGUUUUAAUCGCAAAGGUUCCACUCUUGUGACGUCAUAAGCUGGAUCCUUCUCUUGGAAUCUGUCAAGAUUCCCAGCCCAGUAACUUAUAUUUUAACCUUUUAUUAACACGCCUUUACCUUGAGCAUGUUAACCCUAGAUUAUUAAGCCAACUAUCUUUUGAGAUCAUUACUGCAUAUGUCUGAAUUUUUGGUCGAACUACUGGUUUUUGUUAAAAGUUAGAAAAUAAUGCUCAUUUGUUUCGUUCGGAUUCGAUCACCACUCAAUCGAAAUUGAUGAACGGCUGCUCAUAAUCGCCAAUGUCAUAUUUUACGCUGUUUUUCAUCGUUUUAUGCAUCGUCGUACUCCCCGUAGAAAAUCAUUAGAACCGAAAAUGCAAAAAAAUGAGAGGUUUUGUUUUCAA